AUGCUGUACACCUCCCUUCUAGCAACCCUCGCCGCCACAAUCCCACUGGCCACGGCCUACACCAUCACUGCCGACGGCGUAAACUGUCGCUCCGGCCCCGGCACCAGCAACAAAAGCGUCAAGACCUACGCCAAGGGCACCGACGUAAAGAUCUCCUGCCAGCAAGCCGGCGAGAGCAUCUUUGGCAACAGCCUGUGGGACAAAACCUCCGACGGCUGCUACGUCUCCGACUACUACGUCAAGACCGGCUCGACCGGCUAUGUCACCGACAAGUGCAGCACCGGCGGCAGCGACGGCGGGGGCUCCGGCUCCGGCUCCGGCGCAGACAUCGUGAGCGCAGCCCAGGACGAGCUCGGUCUGCCCUACGUCUGGGGCGGCGGUGGAUGCAAUGGGCCGUCUAGCGGCGGGUUCGACUGCUCGGGUCUGACGCAGUAUGCGAUCUGCCAGGCGCUGAAGGUCGAGAUUCCCCGUGUCGCGCAGGACCAGUAUGAUUCCCCGCUCGGGAAGCGGAUUAGUCGCUCGGAGGCGAAGGAGGGUGACCUUAUCUUUUGGGGGGAGAAUGGGAACUGUGACUCUGGGGUGGUCCAUGUUGGGAUCUUUAUCAAGGAUGGCUGGAUGAUUAAUGCGGCGCGCACGGGGACACCUGUGCGCGAGCAGGCGAUCUGGACUUCGUAUGGAGGUGAGGAGAUUUGUCCGUAUGCUAAGAGGUUCUGGUAG